AUGUUGUCCGUGUUCCCUACAACUUGCGUUACGAUGCCAGAAAGACUUAGGGAAACGUUCAUGGAUGUUUGGACUCCAUUCUUCAUAUUAUGGAUUGCUGUUCUUCCUCAUGUCUAUAUGGCUCCAAGGAAUGAAUCCUAUGUACUCUCCACCGAAGCCACCACGGAACUUACUGGAAUCAUGGAUGAACAGAGAGUAUUAAACAGAUCCAAGAGAGGCUGGGUGUGGAAUCAAAUGUUCGUGCUGGAAGAGUUUUCUGGACCUGAACCAAUACUAGUUGGACGACUUCACACAGACUUGGAUCCUGCGGUCAGCAGAAUCAAGUAUAUCCUCUCUGGAGAAGGAGCUGGUACAAUCUUCGUGAUCAAUGACAAUACCGGAGAUAUUCAUGCGAUGAAAAGGCUUGAUCGGGAGGAGAAAGCGGAGUACACCCUGACGGCCCAGGCUGUGGAUAGGGACACAAGUAAACCUCUGGAGCCCCCUUCAGAAUUCAUAAUCAAGGUCCAGGACAUUAAUGAUAACGCCCCGGAGUUCCUGAAUGGACCGUACCGUGCCAACGUUCCUGAGAUGUCGCUUGUGGGUACAUCAGUUACCAGGGUAACAGCAACAGAUGCCGAUGACCCAGUGUAUGGAAACAGCGCAAAAUUGGUUUACAGCAUAUUGGAAGGCCAACCUUAUUUUUCUAUUGAUCCUCAUACGGCCACCAUUAAGACGGCCCUUUCUAACAUGGACAGAGAAGCCAGAGAAGAAUAUCUUGUUGUCAUUCAAGCCAAGGACAUGGGUGGACACAUGGGUGGACUUUCUGGAACCACAACAGUUACUGUUACUCUGACUGAUGUCAAUGAUAAUCCUCCAAAGUUUGCAAUGAGUCAGUAUCAGUUUGUAAUCCCAGAAGACAUUGCCAUUGGUGAUCCAAUUGGAAGAGUGAAGGCAAAUGACAGAGACAUUGGAGAAAAUGCUAGAUCAUCUUUCGACAUCAUUGAUGGUGAUGGGAGAGACAUAUUUGAAAUCACUACAGACUCCCAGACACAGGAAGGUGUUGUUCGACUGCGAAAGCCUCUGGACUUCGAGAGCAAAAAAUCCUAUAUACUGAAGGUAGAAGCUGUCAAUACUCAUAUCGAUCCACAUUUCAUCAGUGGGGUACCUUUCAAAGAUACCGCAACAGUCAAAGUUACAGUGGAGGAUGCAGACGAGCCACCAGUGUUUUCAUCACCUACUUAUCUUCUGGAAGUACAUGAAAAUGCUGCCAUUAACGGUGUCAUUGGCCAGGUUUCAGCUCGAGACCCUGAUUCAACUUCAAGUCCCAUAAGGUUUUCUAUCGACCGGCAUACAGAUCUUGACCGUCAAUUUAAUAUUAAUGCAGACGAUGGCAAAAUAACUUUGGCCACGGCAUUAGACAGAGAGACGACAAUGUGGCAUAACAUCACAGUGGUGGCAACAGAGACUAGAAACCACAGUCAAAUAUCAAGAGUGCAAGUUGCAAUCAAGGUUCUUGAUGUUAAUGACAAUGCUCCCGAAUUUGCCACAGAUUAUGAAGCUUUUCUGUGUGAGAAUGGUAAACCCGGACAGAUUAUCCAGACUGUCAGUGCCAUUGACAAGGACGACCCAAGAAAUGGACACUACUUCUUUUAUAGUCUUCUACCGGAAAUGGCUAAUAAUCCAAAUUUCACCAUCAAGAACAAUGACGAUAAUUCCCUUAGCAUAUUGGCAAGGCAUAAUGGAUUUAAUCGACUGAAGCAAGAAGUUUACCUGUUACCGAUUAUAAUAAGUGACAGUGGCAAUCCUCCAAUGAGCAGUACCAGCACCCUUACUAUACGGGUCUGUGGCUGUAGCAGUGAUGGAGUGGUGCAAUCCUGCAAUGCGGAAGCCUACGUUCUGCCAAUUGGACUCAGUAUGGGGGCUUUAAUAGCUAUUCUGGCCUGUAUUGUGCUGCUACUAGUCAUUGUUGUCCUAUUUGUCACACUUCGAAGACACAAAAAUGAGCCGCUUAUUAUUAAGGAUGACGAAGACGUUCGUGAAAAUAUAAUCCGCUACGAUGAUGAAGGAGGAGGAGAAGAAGAUACAGAGGCUUUUGAUAUUGCAACAUUACAAAAUCCUGAUGGAAUAAAUGGCUAUUUACCUCGCAAGGAUAUCAAGCCUGAUUUUCAGUUCAUGCCUCGGCAAGGUCAUACGUCUACUCCCAAUGGUGUUGACGUGGAUGAAUUUAUUAACGUGAGGCUCCAUGAAGCCGACAAUGAUCCCACUGCCCCACCAUACGACUCAAUCCAGAUUUAUGGUUAUGAAGGGCGAGGAUCAGUGGCUGGUUCUCUAAGCUCGUUGGAGUCAUCAACAUCAGACUCAGAUCAAAAUUUUGACUACCUCAGUGAUUGGGGUCCUCGUUUUAAAAGACUUGGAGAACUUUACUCAGUUGGAGAAAGUGACAGAGAAACUUGA